GAAGCCAGUCAGUGCAACUUUGAGCUCUGAACCCGUUGGUUGACAGUUGGCUAGUUCACCUCUCUUCUAAGCACACGAUGUGCAUACAGUGCGAGUGCAUCACCAUACACGCAAAGUAUAAUAAUUGACGACUUUCUCCUCGAGAUUUACUUUCUAUUAAUUCAACAAACGUCGAGUUGAUGAUAUGAACAAGACGCUCACAGCGGUUUAAUUCAGUUUGACCUUCUCAAGCAGAAACAAGAGUAAAGUUUCUUCUCUGUAAAUCUUGAAAGAAAGAGUUUUGCCUAUCGGUAGCUCUCCCACACAUUUGCUUCAACCCAUCAGCAGCAUUAUAGAAAAAGGAGAGAAACAAUAGGAAUCAGUCUCCAGAUUGGUUUUGCACCGUUGGUCCAGUCAACUCCAAUAUUUUGGGUCCCACUAAUGCAAAGUGAUGGUGAAAGUGAGUUGAGGGGAAGAGAACUAAGCACGGUGGAAACCAACCAAAGAGGAGGGCAGAAUUUAAGUGAAAUUGACCGUCAAUCCGGAUUUUCGAUGUGGACAUUCGUGCUUUGUUAGUACAUACAACCAAGUGAGUAGUUCUACUAUUUAUGUAGCUUCUACAAAAGUAACUCUCUCGUCUAAAAGUCAAACAAACUAAUGCAAUCUACCAAAAAGGGUCUCUCGUGCACCCAAAAAACCAACAAAAUAUAUUUAUGUGCAACUUUCACAUACAAUAUAAUUCAACGCACAACAGCUAACUAAACUGAGUUAAAAAACCCUUCCUCCUUCAAUUUUAUAAUCUCAUCUCGCUCCGUGAAGUACGUUACAAAUAGUUCCGGAUCAGAAAGAAGUGGACGCCACUGAAGGGGAUUUUAACAACUUAUUUGCGUUGAAGUUGAGUGGACACCUAGACGACUGUCGAAGCUUUGUCUUUUUUGUUUAUUUCGUGUCUUGUGGGUUGUAGUCCAGAGGGACAUGAGUAUACAGAAGAGAAAUUGAACUAUUAUAAUUCCAAACUGGCGGACAAGACUCACUCAAACCGAGAGAAAUUCUUUCAAAGCACACGCCGCACAAAAUACUUAAAUUGACGUGAAAGAUCGCCCUCUACAUACAUGAAAAGUUGUCAGCAUGGCUUCAUAAAGUAAUGUACAAAUAAACCAACGUCCAAAUACUUUUGUUCAACAAGAGUGAGUGGUUAGGAAAAAACUUUCAAGAGUUUAACAAUCAAUUGUACAACUUGGGGGAAGGAAUGCAAACACGUACCAGCACAAAUCAUCAUAUAAGCUCUGAAGAUUCAGUGUUGUCUUUUCAGCUUGAAUUUCUAAUGCCUGGAAAUUGACAUUCAGACGAUUGGAAACGUUAAACUCAAUAAGUAGCAGUUGUAAAAAAAGUAACUUGCGUCAAAGUGAUCCACACAGAGUUGCUAGUAUAAAGGAAAAUUUAACCAAAGUCGUGGGACGAGUGAGCACGAGAAAAGUCAACAACAGAAAGAGUAGUAGUGGAUAAAUUGGCACACGUUGUGAUCGACUAGCAUGAUCAUCAUUUAGGACAUCAAAAAUAAGUUAAAGUCGUUGGACCGGAAAUAAAUAUCCGCUGAUGUAUGAGUGUGUUUAAACAAGAGAGAAAGUUGAGCUUAGACCAGCUCUUUCUAGUACAUUGGUAAAGUGAGUGACCAAAUCGGGAGCGACGGGACCCACCAAAACCAGCAAAUGAAACAGAGGGCAGUUUUGACAGAAAUCCAUUACCAUUAUUAAUAAUUGCUAUUAGUGCCCUGGACUUUUCCCUUGCAGCCUGCAUGAAACCUCAGCAACUCGUGUUGUUGGGGCGUAGUAGUGGGUGACACACUGUCAACUAUAUCUCAAAUCAUAAAUCGUAACAUUUAGUGCACUUUUUGGUGGUCAUAAAAAUUUACGGGAUUCCUUUCACAGCAAUAUCGAGUAACCUCUGUUUUCUUUCACCUAUUUCAGAUUUUCAUUGGUAUUCUACUCUUGUAACUGUCUUGUCUCAUUACCAAUAAAAUUGUGUAAAAUAGAGCGAAAGAGAUGGCUACUGAAUUCCAUACAAUCAUUUUCUGGCGAAAUCCAAAUGAGCGUAAGUGUAGGAAACUACAAAUUUGCGGCUUCGUAUCUCAAGCCCAUUUCCAGUAAUAGAGUGCAUGUUGUGCGCCUAUCCUAUAUUCCGUGAAAAGAAUAUAAAGUCUGUGUCCCUCGGAUUGGGACAACAGGACUGGUCCAGCGUCUCGCAACACAAAGGAGCAAUCUCAGCUUGAAAGGGGAAAGGAGUUUUCUCUUAAUAAAAAGGGACAGGAGUAGUGACUCGAACUGGUGGUGCCUGGUGCAAGACAAAUUGUAGUGUCAAGUUAAAAGUUAAAGUCUUAAACAAUUGGGACGGAUUGUCUCAUUAAUAAUUCGAAUUAAGUUGACAGCCCAUCAACCCAGAUCAACUUAAACUCAAAACUUUCAUUCCAUCGAGAUUCGCGACACUUGGUCCGACUUCCGACCAAGAGCACAACAAAGCCUGGUGGGUGCUGGAAUCAGGACAGAAUUAAACUUUGGGCCGUGUGGUGCAGGACCACAUUAUAGACUCGUUCUGCUUCAAUCUCAUUCCCUCCAGUGGCCAAAUCUCUUAAAAUAUUAAUAGAACAAAUCCAGUAUUCUAUCCAGCAUCACGCCCCUCCUAUUCAUAAGAUCGACCCAAGGUGAACCGUAGACACGCUUUUCAAGACAUCAUCAAAAUCAAUGAAAGCUUUUCGCUUCCUCAAAAAUAUCUGACUCUUGACUUUCUCCGCUGGAAACUCGAGCAAUUCCUCCACAUUUAACCGAUAACCACAACCCCGUCGCCUAAAUUCCCAUUUCACAGCAAAAUCGUCAUUUCAAGUCUUGAAACUUUGUAAGAGAAUCCUGCUCGAUCAUGUCUCGGUCCAUUUUCAAAUCUUGUGGAGUCACUCGGUCGCUUCUCUUCCUCAUCAUCUUCUCGGCUGCGUCUCAGUGGAAACCAACAGGCUCCGUAACUGUUGAUGAUGCCGUGGAGUCAACGCCAGAGUCAACGCACAACAUUUUUAGCUCACUUCAAUCUGGCCCCUUCUCCCCUGCCAGCACUGGAGACCCAUAUUUCGACUCCACCGUUCCACGCAACGUCACAGCCCUCGUCGGGAAGACUGCGUACUUGGGAUGCCGGGUCAAGAACUUGGGAAACAGAACGGUAUCUUGGGUUCGCCAUCGAGAUGUUCACAUUCUGACAGUGGCGACUUACACCUAUACCAGUGAUCAAAGGUUCCAAGCCAUUCACUCAAGGACUGCACAUGAGGAGUGGAUCCUUCAGAUUAAAUAUGUCCAGCCUCGCGAUAUGAAUAUGUACAUCUGCCAAAUCUCUACCCAACCCCAUCGCAGCUUUUACGUCAAUCUCAACGUUGUUGUGCCUACUGCUUCAAUUCUUGGUGGGCCUGACUUACACGUGGACAAAGGAAGCAUGAUUAAUUUGACCUGCAUUAUCAAAUACAGCCCUGAACCACCAUCCUAUAUUUUCUGGUAUCAUUAUGACGAGGUUAUAAAUUACAAUUCGGAAAGAGGGGGUGUCUCAGUUAUCACGGAAAAAGGAGAAACCACAACAUCGUACUUGCUUGUACAAAACGCUAUGGUCUCAGAUAGUGGGAAAUAUAGUUGUAGUCCAUCCAACGCUGAUGUUGCUGCUGUCAGAGUUCACGUUUUGGCAAACGGGGAAAGAACAGCUCCGAUGUCUGCGAAGGGAUCAGCCAGUAGAAUCCUCGAUCACCAUCUUUUAGUUCUUUCAAUUCUUUCCAGUGUUCUCUGCUACCUUCUCACCAUGGCUCACAUUAGGAGACGAGUUCCGCAUUCCACAUCUCCCAGUUUGUCGUGCUCUAGUUAAACGUGUCUCUUCUACCCACGGUAACCCGUGGGUAUCGGUAGGUUUAGAAAACCAACCUUGUGGUCAACACGGUGAAAAUAGUUUAUUAUAUUAUUGCAAAUGACAUGUGAGCAAAGUAUUGACACCUCACACACACCAUUCCAAACAAAAAACCUCGUCAGUCAAGACUCAAACUUAUGAAAUCAACUUUUAUACCAUAAAUAUAAAUAUAUAUCUAUAUUUGCAAAAGGACUGAUAUGUUACUUACUGUGAAUGAAUUGUUUCAAGUGUUUUUCUGUUAAAUUCGAUUCGAAUGGCGUAGAUGACAUGGGUAAAUUUUUGUAUUCUGAAAAAAACAUAAAGUUUUCGGUGCUUCGUCGGUAGCGAUUAAUCAACUGGAGUGACUCCAUUGGGAUUCAUAUAUGUCAAUGUAAGAGAUGAACCAACCAUAUAUUUUUGGUGCUUCGACGUGGUACUUAGUACAUAUUUGACCCAUACCACACUGAUUAAGUUAAGUUCUGUGUAUAUGUGUGUGAAGUACAUGGUUUUGUAAAUGUUCAUCAAAGUUAUAAGCCUUGAGGGCAUUUAAAUCUUAAAAUUUGAAUUACCAAAGUCAAUAAAUUGUAAUUGCCUGUAUAGCAGGAAUUGGGCUCAUCCAAGCCCAAUUAAUUUACACAGCUCCCCUUGAUAACCAACCAUCAACCUCUUACACAAGACAAGAUACAUCCCUCUCUCUCUCUCUCUUCUGUUUAAAUUUGCACUUCAAAAUGCAAAUAUCCUUCCAUAAACAGAAGUCAGUAUAUAGGCCAUUCCAUAUGGCUGAGAAAAUCAUGAAUAAGUAAUUGCUGACUGGAUCAUCUUCUGAGAUCCUGUCCCAAAGCGACGACAAAGCAAAGUCUCGGAAAUCACAACCUAUUUGAAUCUCUGUGCGUUGAUGGAAAUUUGGAAAUCUGAUCAUUCUGAUGAAAUCUUUCUCUCUCCACUUCAUCAAACCAAUCAUUUGAUCUAAAUCCUAAAUCCUAAAUUAGCACAUGCAAGCCCAGUCUCAAAUUCAUUUACUUGAAAUUCUUGAAAUUGUUUGUUUAUUCAAAUCCAGUUCUCCAGCCAAAAUUCUGCGGGAACGUUUUUGUACUCUAGGUCAAUAUUACAAUUGUGGUGAUCACUUAGACAAACUAACUAAAAAUAAAUAAGGCAGCAUGAGAAACUUGGAUCAUCAUCACAUUCAAAAUUAUUGUAUUAAUAUUAUUAUGGACAAGUUGCUUGCAUGCGGACAAAUUGACCUCGGGUCCCGCACUAGUACUUGUCACAGCUAAUUAGCAUAUGUACAAAUUUUCAAAUUCAAUGGUAAGUUUACAAUGAUAUUAUGUUGAAGGGUAUAGAUAUGUAUACUUAAGAUGAGGGAUUAUUAUUAUUAUUAUAAGGUAAAACUACUGCACGGCUGCGUCGAAUCAUGGUAGUGAAAUCGUGUACAGUCAAUUGUUAUAAGAAUGUACUUACUUAUUACGUAUGUAGAUAGAUAGCUGAGAUGAAGUACUUCAACUAGUACUACAAUGUGGAUGUAUGCAUAUAUACUGAAUUACCAAUGACAUACUUAUGUAAUGGUAAACUUAAUAUAGGUACUACUCGAGACAAUCUCGGGGUCAAUGUUUAAUUAAUAAUUGUUUCGUCGUUUAAUGAAUACUGUAUUAAUGCUUCAACUUAUAAUCUACCAUGUACAUAAAACUGUAGAGACGGACGAAAUACAUGUAAAUUUGAAACUGAUUAUUUCGGUUUGCAUUAGUAAGAAUUAUAUAACUAUAAGUUGUAAUAAAAAUUUCGUUUUGUUAUUUGAGUAAAAUAAAUGGUAAAAAUUCA